AUGAAGCCUGAGCACUAUGGUACCCAGAGCCCAAGUUGUCCCAUCACGACCUUCUGCCCAACCAUGGAACAAUUUAAAGAUUUCAACAAAUACAUUGCUUACAUGGAAUCCCAAGGUGCACACCGAGCAGGCCUGGCUAAGGUAAUUCCACCCAAGGAUUGGAAAGCCAGACAGACCUACGAUGAUGUCAAUGACAUCCUAAUAGCCACUCCUCUGCAGCAGGUGGCCUCUGGGCGAGCAGGUGUGUUUACUCAGUACCAUAAAAAGAAGAAAGCCAUGACCGUGGGGGAGUAUCGCCACUUGGCUAACAGUGAUAAAUACCACACUCCACACGGCCGACGCCUGGAACGCCUGGCCAGGGCGCUUUUCCCAGGCAGUGCGCGGGCCUGUGAGGCCUUCCUGCGGCACAAGGUGGCGCUCAUCUCGCCCACCGUGCUCAGGGAGAAUGGCAUUCCCUUCAGUCGGAUCACCCAGGAGGCUGGCGAGUUCAUGGUGACGUUCCCCUUUGGCUACCACGCUGGAUUCAAUCAUGGCUUCAAUUGUGCGGAAGCCAUCAAUUUUGCCACCCCUCGCUGGGUUGAUUAUGGCAAAGUGGCGUCUCAGUGCAGCUGCGGGGAGGCCAGGGUCACGUUUUCCAUGGACGCCUUCGUGCGCAUUCUGCAACCCGAGCGCUAUGAGCUGUGGAAACAGGGGCGAGACCGGGCAGUCGUGGACCACACGGAGCCCACGACGCUGGCCAGCCCGGAGCUGACCGCCUGGCAGGAGGUCCGGGAAUCUCUGACAGCAGCACGGGGCCUUAGGCACCUUCCGCCCCGCCGGGCCCCGCGACCCCCCAGUCCUGUGGCCUCCAGAGAUAGCUCCCGCCUCUGCGCCUCUGGGCGUCGUGCUCCCUGGCUCUCUUCCUCCGCUUGCAGCCCUACUGUACAGCCUGAGGAGGCUGCUUCCGCCACCACCACUGCCACAGCUCCAAGCUCCGUGAAGCCCGGCCUGACAGCGAUGCAGGCGAUGUCGAUCCUGGGUCCGUUCACUCCACAUCUCCAGCCUUCACCUGGCAGAAGAGGUGGUGGUCCUGGUCGUCGUCUUCGGGAAUCUGAGGAUGAGGAGCAGACUGUCCAGGUCCUGGCCAAGAGGCACACAGCACGCAUAGUUCUGGGCCCCAAGGCUCAGCCCCUAGCUGGGAAUGGACCUUUGAUAGAAGACCCUGCGCCUGUGAGUCCUGGACCGCAGAAUCUUGCUAAAGCUUCUGGGUGCUGUGGCGCCCCUUGCCUUCAACCCUUGGCACUCCCACUGGAUCCUGAUGCUCUGAUGCACCCCGGCCCAUGCCUGCCGUCACCGGACACCAUUACAGUGAAUCUCCCUGACAUUGUUGCACCUACUCCUCCCAACGCCCUUGUGGCUCUGAUAGAACUCCCCAGUGAUGCACCUGGGGACUGCACAACUUCUGUGAACCUGCUCAAAAUUAUCGCCAUGGACCACUCUUACGCCUCUAAGAUCCUGCCCCCAGCUGAGGUUGACAAAAUCUCCUGCAGUCCUGACUGUGAUCCCUGGGGACAAACUAAAUAG